UUCUCUCUCACUUGUGUCUCUUUCUCUCUGGCGUGGCGGCCAUGCUGAAGCUGAACUAACCGGGCCUCCGCCAUAACUGUGACUUUAGUCGCUCACAGCUGCCGCCAUCAUGCCAGCUUACUUCCAGCGUCCCGAGAACGCCCUGAAGCGGGCUAAUGAAUUCCUUGAGGUUGGCAAGAAACAGCCUGCUCUUGAUGUUUUAUAUGACGUUAUAAAGAGCAAAAAACACCGAACAUGGCAGAAAAUCCACGAGCCGAUUAUGCUCAAGUAUCUGGAGCUCUGUGUGGAUCUCCGCAAGAGCCACCUGGCCAAGGAAGGCUUGUACCAGUACAAGAACAUUUGCCAGCAGGUUAACAUUAAGUCAUUAGAAGAUGUUGUCCGGGCGUACUUAAAAUUAGCCGAGGAAAGGACAGAAUCUGCAAAGGAGUCUUCUCAGCAGAUGGUUUUGGAUAUUGAAGAUCUGGAUAAUAUUCAGACACCAGAAAGUGUGCUUUUGAGUGCGGUGAGUGGAGAAGAUACACAGGACCGUACUGAUCGUCUGCUUCUGACUCCUUGGGUGAAGUUCCUCUGGGAAUCUUACAGGCAGUGCCUGGACUUGCUUAGGAACAACUCUAAAGUGGAGCGUCUUUAUCAUGAUAUUGCCCAGCAAGCUUUCAAGUUCUGCCUGCUGUAUACAAGGAAGGCAGAGUUCCGCAAGUUGUGCGAUAACUUGAGAAUGCAUUUGAGUCAGAUCCAACGCCACCACAAUCAGAGCACUGCUAUCAACCUGAACAAUCCUGAAAGUCAGUCAAUGCAUUUGGAAACCAGGCUUGUUCAGUUAGACAGUGCCAUUAGCAUGGAGCUCUGGCAGGAAGCCUUUAAAGCUGUUGAAGAUAUCCAUGGGCUUUUUGCUUUGUCCAAAAAGCCGCCAAAACCUCAGCUGAUGGCAAACUACUACAAUAAAGUAUCUACUGUUUUUUGGAAAUCUGGGAAUGCCUUGUUUCAUGCAUCCACCUUACAUCGCCUUUACCAUCUCUCCAAAGAGAUGCGAAAAAAUCUUACUCCAGAGGAAACGCAGAGGAUGUCCACCAGGGUGCUUCUCGCGACACUUUCUAUACCAAUAACCCCAGAGCGCACUGACAUUGCUCGCCUCCUGGAUAUGGAUGGUAUUAUAGUAGAAAAACAGCGGCGUUUGGCUACAUUGCUGGGUCUGCAAUCACCUCCUAACCGUGUUGCCCUUAUAAAUGAUAUGGUUCGGUUUAAUGUCCUCCAGCAUGUUGUUCCUGAAGUUAAGGAGCUGUACAACUGGUUGGAAGUUGAAUUUCACCCGUUGAAACUAUGCACUCGUGUCACAAAGGUCUUGGACUGGGUGAAAGAGCAGGCAGAGAAAGAACCAGACCUUCAACAAUAUAUUCACCAGCUUCAGAGCAACACCAUCCUGCGUCUACUGCAACAGGUUGCACAGAUAUAUCAGAGUAUAGAGUUCACACGCCUCUCAACUCUGCUCCCUUUUGUUGAUGCGUUUUUGCUAGAAAGGGCCAUUGUUGAUGCAGCUCGCCAUUGUGAUCUUCAAGUGCGUAUAGAUCACACUUCCCGUACACUGAGCUUCGGGUCAGACCUGAAUUAUUCUGCACGGGAGGAUGCUCCAGUCGGACCUUUUCUGCAAAAUAUGCCAUCGGAGCAUAUAAGGAACCAGCUAACUGCAAUGUCCACUGUCCUUUCCAAAGCAGUUGUCGCUAUCAAACCUGCUCAUGUUCUGCAAGAAAAAGAGGAACAGCACCAACUGGCCAUCAACUCAUUCCUAAAGAACUCCAGAAAAGAGCACCAGCGCAUUCUUGCUCGCAGACAGACUAUAGAGGAGCGCAAGGAACGCCUGGAAAACCUAAAUAUCCAGAGAGAAAAAGAGGAGCUGGAGCUACGUGAAGCUGAACUACAGAAAGUUCGUAAGGCAGAGGAGGAAAGACUGCGCCAGGAAGCCAAGGAGCGAGAAAAGGAGCGAAUCCUACAAGAGCAUGAGCAGAUCAAGAAAAAAACUGUACGAGAGAGACUGGAGCAGAUUAGGAAAACUGAGCUGGGUGCAAAGGCUUUCAAGGACAUUGACAUUGAAAACCUGGAGGAGCUGGAUCCAGAUUUUAUCAUGGCCAAGCAGGUUGAACAGUUGGAGAAAGAAAAGCGAGAGCUCCAAGAACGAUUGAAGAACCAAGAAAAGAAGAUUGAUCACUUUGAAAGAGCCAAGAGAUUGGAAGAAAUCCCACUAAUUAAGAAAGCUUAUGAGGAACAGCGAAUUAGUGACAUGGAACUGUGGGAGCAACAGGAAGAGGAGAGGAUUAAUACAUUAAUGUUGGAACGUGAGAAAGCUGUGGAGCACAAAAACAGGAUGUCAAGAAUGCUGGAUGACAGAGACCUGUUCGUUGCAAGGUUGAAAGCUGCUCGCCAGUCUGUGUAUGAGGAGAAACUGAAGCAGUUUGAGGACAGACUAUCAGAAGAAAGGAAGAUUCGCCUGCUAGAGCGCAAACGGCAACGCAAAGAAGAAAGACGAAUUGAUUAUUACAGAAGCAAAGAGGAGGAGGAACAAAGGAUAUUGGAAGAAAAAAUUCAGAAAGAACGUGAAGAAAUUGAGCGAAUUGAAAAUGAAAAGCGUGAAGUUGAACAGCGAGAAUAUCAAGAGCGUAUUAAGAAACUGGAGGAACAAGAGCGUAAGAAACGCCAAAGAGAACUUGAGAUCGAGGAGAGGGAGCGACGUCGUGAGGAGGAAAUGCGAGGAACGGUUGAUUCAUUCAGAAAGUCUGAUUCAUCACGAUGGGGAGACAGAGAACCUGAGAUUGGAUGGAGACGAGCUGUAGAUACAGAGAAUGAUCGCAAGCCUGCACCUCCUGAAAGAGAAUGGCGCAGUAGGGGGCAAGAUGACGAGAAGCCUGUGCAAAAUGAAGAUGACAACCAAGAGGGGCAGGAACGUGACAAUUCCUUGCCUAUCAGAAGGGAGACAGCCGAAAAUCUGGAAGAUGAUAAAGGCCUUAAAAAAAUUGAUCGAGAUUCUCUGGCUCUUGAAGAUAAACUUCCACGUCGUGGUACAAGUGAUGAUAGAGGUCCGCGACGUGAUUUGGAGGAGGAUAGAGGUUCAUGGAGAGGAAGUGAGGAUGAUCGUGGUCCAAAACGUGGCUUUGAUGAAGAUAGGGGUCCAAGACGUGGCUUUGAAGAAGACAGGGCACCAAGGCGUGGCUUUGAAGAAGAUAAAGUACCCAAACGUGGUUUUGACGAUGACAAAACACCAAAACGUGGUUUCAAUGAUGAUGAACGUGGGCCUAGACGUGGUUUUGACGAAGAAAGAGCACCUCGCCGAGGAUUUGAUGAUGAUCGUGGACCAAGAAGAGCCUUUGACGAAGAUCGUGGCCCCCGGCGUGGUUUUGACGAUGAUCGUGGCCCCCGGCGUGGUUUUGACGAUGAUCGUGGCCCCCGCCGUGGCUUUGACGAAGAUCGUGGUCCCCGCCGUGGCUUUGACGAGGAUCGGGGUCCCCGCCGUGGCUUUGACGAGGAUCGGGGUCCCCGCCGAGGCUUUGACGAGGAUCGGGGGCCCAGAAGGGGCUUUGAUGAGGAUCGAGGGCCCAGAAGGGGCUUUGAUGAGGAUCGGGGUCCCAGAAGGGGCUUUGAUGAGGAUCGGGGUCCCAGAAGGGGCUUUGAUGAGGAUCGGGGUCCCAGAAGGGGCUUUGAUGAGGAUCGGGGUCCCAGAAGGGGCUUUGAUGAGGAUCAGGGUCCCAGAAGGGGCUUUGAUGAUGAUCGUGGACCAAGACGUGGCUUUGAUGAUGAUCGUACCCCAAGAAGAGGGUUGGAUGAAGACCGUGGAUCUUGGAGAGGUGGUGACGACAAAGGUCCCAGGCGGGGAGUGGACGAUGACAGGGUUCCACGUCGGGGAGGUGAUGACGACAGGGGUCCUCGCCGGGGAGGUGAUGAUUUAUCAGCCUGGAAGCCUGUUGGAGCCACUCGACCAGGUGGUUGGCGAGAACGAGAGAAAGCACGGGAAGACAGUUGGGGCCCACCUCGGGAUUCAAAACCCUCAGAAGAAAGAGAUUGGUCUAGAAGUGACAGAGAGGAAAAUAAUAAAGAACCUGAACAAGAGAGAAGGCCUAUUAGAGAAGAAUCUGUCUGGAAACGUGGAACAGAUGAACCUGUAGCUAGGAGAGCCCCACCUUUAAGUCUAGACCAAGAUGAUAUCCGUGACAGAGAAAAGAGACGGCCCCCCAAAACAGAAGACUCAAAUGUAUGGAGACGAGGUGAAGACAAAGACAGUAAACCAGAUGAGCUAAAUACUCCACGGAAACCACCUGCAGGGGAAAAAAGUUCAUGGCGUACAGAAAAGAAAGAGGACAAGGAUGCAUCUCGGCGUCCCAAGAAUGAAAUAGAUGAUGAUGGUUGGACAACAGUGAAGAUAAAGCGUUAGGUACCCUAAGAUGUUCUAGGCAACCAGAUUUGUGUUGCCUAUAACAUAAGGGGUUUAGCAUUCUUUAUGAAAUUCCCCUUUGUGCUCCCUCCAAAUAUUUCCUGCCCCUAUGUGUUAAAUUAAACAUUAUCCUUGGCAGACUCGAUAUUUCUUUGUGCAGAUUCAUGACCUUCAUUCUGACAUUGGACUCAAAUCUUAAUGUCUGUUUUGCGUGGAAUAAACUUAACACGGAUUUCGGGUGAAAUGCCUAUAUAUAUUAAAGUCAAAUUUAGAUUUGCAGCUUGUUUUCUUUAGAGAACAUUUAACGUACCCCAUGUCAUGUUGUUCUUUUACUGAAUGCAUGCUACAAAGGGAUCCAUUUGCUUAGAUAAGUACAGGUAUUUAUAAAGACAUGAGUGAAGUUUGUACACUUGUGACAUUGAUCUGUUAAGACUGUUGUGGAUUUUUACCUUUUGAAAACUAGUGCUGUGUUCAACAGUUUGCCAAUACUCUAGAUCUUGCAAGUGUUACAGUUCUCUGGCAUCGACCUGAAACAUCAACAUGUAAUGCAGAUGGGCACCUGUCUUCUUUUGGAUUUGAAACACUAUAAAGCUUUAUUAGCUUUUUCCAUGAUUUAACAAUAUCUAGCCAAACUUCUUAAGUUUGGAAUUGUUACAUUUUAAACUGUAAACUACUAUGCAGCUUUAAAAUCACUGUUUUCUAAGAUCAUAUGCUGUCUUUUUAACAGCUUGAAUUGUCCAAUAAAGUAAGUCCUGCAAAUAAAUAGCUAUAAUUAUGGAUUAUUAUUUUUUGUCUUUUUUUUUUUUUUUUUUACUCAAAUAUCUAAAUGUGCUAAGUCAUUAUAGCUUAUUGGGUAGAUAUUCUAUCUAAUAGUAUAUUGAUAAAUUGGCAGUUUUGUGUCCAUUUAAAAGGUUGAUAAGGUAUGUGAGAUUAAUUUAUUUGGUUCUGGGUGGCCAUUGAUGUGUCAGCUAGGUUAUUAAAGAAAAAAACACAAGGUAUAGUAACUGGUAAAGGGAUCUGAAUUUCACAAAGUCUUUACAUACUAUUUUCUGAAGUUUUGCUAUUCUGUUUUUUCAUUAGAAAAUAAAUAAAAAGCAAAAUAGUUUGAUUCCUGAAGUCCUUAAUUUAAGCUGCAAUUUUUAAGGAAAAAUGCAGUUCACAAUGGUUUUAACCUUUUUAUAUUCCUGUUUAUUUUCUUAAAUUUGCUGUGUUGCCUUGUGGGGGUUUAAGACCUAUUAAGUUACGUUAAAAUGUAAGUAACUUGAUCUGAUUUAGGCCAACGCAGGUCUUGCUGCUUAAACAAUUAUAAAUAAAGUACUUCUACAAUGAA